AUGAAACCAGGAAACCAUACAUUCGGUGUCUCUGAAUUCUUCCUUCUGAGCCUGUCUGAGCAGCAGGGACAGCAGUCUCUCCUCUUUGGCAUCUUCCUGAGUAUGUACCUGGUCACCCUGGUGGGGAACGUUGUCAUCAUCCUGGCCAUUGGAUGUGAUCCACACCUUUACACCCCCAUGUACUUCUUCCUGGCCAACCUCUCCCUCACUGACCUUUGUUUAUCAUCUACCACAGUCCCUAGGAUGCUGGUGAACAUUCAGGCCCACAGGCAUACCAUCACCCAUGCUGCAUGCCUCUCGCAGAUCUACUUCUUCCUGUGGUUCAUUGGUCUAGAUGCUUUCCUCCUGGCGGUGAUGGCAUAUGACUGACUUGUGGCUAUCUGCCACCCCCUUCGCUACACCUUGGUCGUGAGUCCCAGGUGCUGUAUCCUGCUGGUGAUCAUGUCCCUAGUCCUUGCUCAUUCUUACUCUCUAACCCACACCAUUCUCCUGGCUCAACUAUCCUUCUGCAUGGACAACAUCAUCCCUCACUUCUUUUGUGAACUUCUCCCCCUAUUAAAGCUCUCUUGUUCCAAUACUUAUGCCAACCAAUGUGUGCUGAUGUACUGGGGAGGGGCAUUAACCAUCUCGAUCCCCUUGCUAAUCAUCAUUUCCUAUGUCCGCAUUGUGGCUGCCAUUGUGAGAGUUCCAUCGGCAAGUGGGAAGUGGAAGGCCUUCUCCACCUGCGGCUCCCACCUCUCAGCAGUUUGCCUGUUCUAUGUGUCUGCCAUCGGGGUGUACUUCAUUCCCUCCACUGGUGAUUCUGCCAGCAAGGACAGGAUUGCAGCUGUGAUGUAUGCUGUGGUGACCCCCAUGCUGAACCCAUUCAUCUACAGCCUGAGAAACAGAGACAUGAAGAGUGCCUUAGGGAGACUCCUGAGCCCAAGGGCACUGCAAUCUCCAUGA